CGUCACCUUCAACCCUAAUCGGAGCAGAGCGAAAGAGAGAAACCCUAGUUGAGGAAAAAUGCCGGCUGGUCAUGGUUUGCGUGCUCGUACGAGAGAUUCCUUCUCUCGUCCAUUCAGGAAGAAGGGUACCAUUGCCCUCACCACCUACCUCAGGACUUACCACAUCGGUGACUACGUCGACAUCAAGGUCAAUGGCGCCGUUCAAAAAGGUAUGCCUCACAAGUUCUAUCAUGGCCGCACUGGUCGCGUCUGGAACGUCACCAAACGUGCCAUUGGUGUCGAGGUCAACAAACAGGUGGGUAACAGAAUAAUCAGAAAGAGAAUCCAUGUUCGUGUGGAGCAUGUGCAGCCUUCAAGGUGCACUGAGGAGUUCCGGCUGAGGAAGAUCAAGAAUGACCAACUCAAGGCUGAUGCUAAGGCUAAGGGAGAGGUCAUUAGCACCAAGAGGCAGCCUGAAGGACCUAAACCAGGUUUCAUGGUUGAAGGUGCCACUUUGGAGACUGUUACUCCCAUUCCUUAUGAUGUCGUCAAUGACCUUAAAGGCGGUUACUAGUCUGUUCUCUGUUCAAUUGCCUAGGUUUUUUCUUCUCUGGGUUUUAGUCCUUUUUUCUUUGGAAGAGCCUUAUAAUUUAUCAACAGUCAGACUCAAGUUUUGCCUUGUUUGAUUCUAAAUACAAGGAUAUGUUAUAUUUUGUUCCUCCUCAGUAUUAUGCUUUAAUCUCUUUUCGUAUGCUAGUAGGUAGCAUGGGAGUGGUGGAUGAAAUCAUGUCUCAGUAGCAUUGUGUAUUGAUGAUUUUUAUAUACCCCUGAUUUUGCUUAUAUCUUGAUUAAUAUUUGUAUAUACCCUCGACCAAACGUCGGCGCCGCUGAGUUACAAUCUAUAACUCGUUAUAAUAAUUUAUUAAUUUUGGUAUAAAAACUCUCCUCUUGUU